AUGUGCCGCACGCUGUUGGGGAUCGCGGUGGCCUUUGCGUUGGUGUGUUGUGUUGUCGGCCCUGGCGCGGCGCAGGGGCACCCGGAGCGAGCCGACUCAGAGGAGCCGCGCUGCGGGUUUGACGAGCUGGAGGCGCACACGAUCGGCACCCGCGUGAGUGGGAUAAGCCGUGUAGAACUGCCUACCGGGGAGCUUGUGGUUGCGGCUGCCGCAACGGGGGCCUUGCAGCCCAUCCGUAUUGCCGUCUUCACAGAUGACAUCUCGAACAGCAGCCAGCACUGCACCGCUUCGGGCCAGAGUCGGCCCAACUUCCGCGGCAGCAGAGUUACUUGCAGCGCAGCGGAAGUUCUCACGAGAGCAAAGAAACGGGUCCUGUUGGAACUGCUGAUUCCAUCCGCAGUACAGCUACACCAAGAGCGGCUGAACGUGCAGCGGGUGAAUGGCAACAUCGUUGUUGACUCCUCCAUCCAGAAAGACCGCGUCUGCGGUCAGUUCAGCAUACGCGAAGAGCACAUGAAGACUGGCGUAAAGGACGCCGACUUUGUUCUGUACAUGUCUGCUGCGCCAACAUCUGGCAGCGUCAUCGCGUGGGCGCUGAAGUGUCAGAACUUCGACAAUGGCCGCCCGUCCGUGGGCGUGGUGAACAUCUCACCCAAGUACAUCGCCGCCGACCCGAAGACCGUGCGCGUCAUCGCGCACGAGGUGUUGCACGCACUCGGCUUCUCGAGGUCAGUUUUUCAGGAACGGAACAUGUUAGCGAUGGCGUCCUUUCGAAGCAAGGGCCCCUCACCUGUCAUUUGCAGUGAGAAGGUGGUUGCCAAGGCGCAGCAACAUUACGGCUGCAAAACGCAGGCUUUCAUGGAGCUGGAAGACACGGGUGACAUCGACGACGCUUCCUCACACUGGAAGCGCCGCAACGCCAAAGACGAGCUGAUGGCGGGCUUCAGCGGCGUUGGCAUCUACUCGGCGCUCACCAUUGCCGCCAUGGAGGACACGGGCUACUACCAGGGUAACUACGCCAAGGCGGAGCCGAUGGCGUACGGUCACGAUGCGGGUUGCAAACUGAGCUCCGAUCAGUGCGUCACCAACAGUACUUCACAGAUUCCUGGCAUGUUUUGCGAUGCCCCCGACGCUCCGUGGAGUUGCACGUCUGAUCGCCUAGGCGUCGGGAGGUGCAUCCUUACCUCUCACAAGUCGAACCUGCCGACCUAUUUUCAAUACUUCAGCGACCCGAGGCUGGGUGGCCCGGAUCCCCUGAUGGACUUCUGCCCGGUUGUGGAGGUUGCCGAAGGCACCAUGUGCGCCGCUACAACAAACGCCCUGAAGGGCAGCGUGUAUGGUGUAAUGUCGCGCUGUGUCGACACGCCGGUAGGUUUUUCCAUGGAUGACUCGGCGGUCCGGCAGCAUGGCAUCUGCGUUGAGGUGCAGUGCGACAGCACCAAGUACUACAUCAAAGCAAAUGGCGCGUCUGCGUUCUGCGAUUGUCCGCCUGGCAGCACUUACAACCUGUCGACAUUGAGCCCGUCCUUCUCUAAAGGGUAUUUGGUGUGCCCUUCUUAUGAGUCCGUGUGCGCCAUCAAGAUAAACGCUUCCCUGUACGAAGAAUACAGUGGGUUUCUCACCGACCACAGCGUCGCUGGUGUGCUGACAAGUGUGAAGGCGGUGGUUGCGGUGCUUCUGGUGGUGCUUUUCAUGGUCUGA